AUGCAAUCCGUGUUGGCUGUUCUUCUUUUGUUUGCUGUCAAAACCGUUUCGGCUUCAAAUGAUGGUGAGAAAUUAAAUUUAAUCGCCAUCAAAUUGUUUCUUCUUAAAUUUUAAAUAAUUUCGUCGUUUAGUGUUUCAUGAUUUUUUUUAUACUUUAUUUCAUAAGUCGUGUCCCAAUCACGUUUUAUUUGAGAUUCCCCGGAGAUAACCAAUUGGGAUGACGAAGAUGAAAUGCGGAAACGUUUGGAUCAGUACACCCAAGAAAAAUUUUCUCAUGGAUAUCACAACUGGGUUAGCUCUCUCAUUCAUCGUCUCUAAUUUAUCGUUUAUCAACUUAGUUCGAACAAUGGCACAACGACGAAGACAAUAAAGUAACGAAAUCGAGUCGUUCUAAACGCUUCACAAAACGCGCCAAACGCGACGGCGGACUCGUUUCUGGCCCUAUCGCCACUGCUGUCGUCACUGGCAUGAUUGGUAAUUGCCAGUUCUCGAACCCAUCACCGACACGAUUUACAGGAAUGACCGCUAAGACAGUUUCCGAACUAACAACUUUCCAUCCACAACUUUCCAACGGAGGGUGUGACGUAAGUUGUUUCUUAUUUAGAAGAUUAGGAAUUGAUUUCAACAAAAGGUAAACCUGUUCACAUUCAUUGAAUUUUUUCAAUCUCUCAUAUUUUCUUAAAGGAGUUAUUGAAUAAUACUACUGACACGAUUUGUUUUUUGAUGUUAGUAUUGAAAAAAAAAAUCAGUAGAUUAUAUUGAAAGUUUUUUAAUUACAGUGGUUUGGUACUGCCCCUUUCUGCAGUUUCCCUUGUCCAGCCGAGUACGAUUACAUCCGUGGACAUACUGGAAGGUUAAUUUAGAAAUUCGAUAUUUUCAACCCUAAUAUCAUGUUCAGAUGCUCCAAUUGGUGGCUUUCUGGUUUCUGUCAACCUGACGAAAGUUUUGGAAAACCGUGCUCAACAAUUCUCGGCGACUACUUCAUCAAACGCUUCUGUUGCAAGUGAGUUUUUCGAAAGUAUGAAGUUAAAAAAAGUUAAAAACGACGGAAAAAAAAUCAUUGUAUUUUUGACAGAUCUGACCCGACGGAAUGCACCUGGUCAGGUAGAUGGAUGGGAGCCAAUACUGCACACAACAUUUAUUGUCGUUAUGACAACGUCGGUACUUGCGGAUCAAUCGAUUGCUCCAUAAACCAUUUCACUCUGAAGGUUUUCCUUUUUUCUGUUAAUAAGAGUUGUCAAAGCGGUCGGUUGAAUAGAAAAUCACAAAAUAGGAUAGAUUUGUUUCAACUGAUAAAAAAAAACAAAAUAGUUUGAGUCAUUAAAAAUUUAUUGAGCAUUAAAUCCUUUCCAAUUAGAAUAAAAAAUAAUAAUUUUUCUCGAUUGAAAUUUUUCUUUCGUUAUGCGCUUUCAAGCAUUUCGUUCGUGCUUUCAUUUGCACAGACGGGACAUUUACUUUGUUUCCAAUUUAUUCUGUUUUACGGAAUGUGUUUUUCUUUCUGAAUUUUUCUGCGUGCAGGAAAGAAAAUCUGAGUAGGAGGAUAAUGACGGUAGAAAAAAGGAAAAAGCUGUCGAGCGCAUGAAUAUAUUUUUGACAAUGGCGAUUUCUCAGGCUCAAAACUCAUCCACGAUUUACGGCGAACGCUGUGAUCAUGUGGACCUGUUCGGUCUCCGAGGAAAAGCUACUUGCGGAUACAUUGCGUGGUUCGACGAGAACGAACAAGUCGUCAACAGUUGGUACAAAACCAGGUGA